GCGGGUGCCAUCCAGCCUGAAUUUUUGACAAACAAGGGAUUGCGUCAUAUGUGUUCAAGCCUCGAGAUACAGAAUGAUGAAUUGCAGGCUCUUGAGGCCAUUUAUGGGGAAGACUUCCAUAUGGUUGAGCCGGAAGCCAGGUUUGUAUUUGUCACUACUAAUGCUAGGACCCGAGGAUCUUUUCUAUCCGCAUUUCACUAGAGCCUAAUCAACCUGGCUCAGACAGAACUGUUACCCUUCAAUUCCGUAUUCCUCGAGGAUAUCCUUUAAACGAGUUGAUUGAAUUUGAUAUCCAUGCACCGUGGUUGCGGGGUCCCACUUUUGACCGCAUGCACAAUGCACUGAAGCAGUUGGCCUCGGAAUCCGGUGACUCCCCCAUCGUUUUUUCCUUGGUGGAAUAUGCUCGCACGUUUCUGCAAUCGGACGCUUUAGAAAUGCAUGUUUCCGGAGAACAGGGAGGCGCACAGGAAGUAAGAGGCCAGGCUGAAACGCAACGCGUCACAGGUGCUCUAACUUCCAAUGCCCUAUCCGUUCGUGCUCAUCUGAACCGAUCACGUAUUAGUAACUCUAGCGAUAUAGAUGGACGCGAGCUGCAGAUUUUUCAUGGCGAGACAAUUGUGGAUCGCAAAAGUGUUUUCCAAGCUCAUUGCUGCCGUGUCCAAUCGGUAGAAGAUGUUUCCCGAUUCAUCUCCGCGGUGUUGAAUGAUCGCAAAGUUGCUGCAGCCACACACAACAUACUUGCCUGGCGAUUCAUCACAAAAAGCUCCAUGAGCUCCUCUGACGUUGUACUGGCCGAUUGUGACGACGAUGGAGAAACUCAUGCUGGGUCUAGGCUUUUGCACUUAUUGACAAUAUCGUGUGCAGAAAAUGUGGCCGUCAUGGUCUCACGUUGGUAUGGCGGUAUUCAGCUGGGACCGGAUCGAUUCAAACACAUUAACAAUGUAGCCCGUCAACUGCUCUCUCUGCAUGGUAUGCUUGGUCCCCAGCAGCUACACUCAGAGGAGUCUAAAUCAAAAUCGCAAAAGCAGAAGCCAAAGAAAAAGCGAUAG